GCCUGCCGCGCGCGCUACUGCGCAGGGCCAAGGUGCCUUUGGCGCUCGGCCGCGUGGGCAGCGGCGCAGAUUUGUGCGAGCCGAGCGAGCGGUGCACUUCAGAAAGAGAGAGAGAGAGAGAGGGGGGGACGUACGCGGAGACGCCCCAUCGCGGGGCUCGUCGGAUGGAAGCGCAGGGUGUCCUGGACGGGCUCCGGUCCCGCGUGUUGUUGCCUCGCCGCGCGGGGCGGGCUCCGCGCGCCUUCGGCUGGGCUUUGCCCACGGCGGUGCUGUGCGGCUACGGCUUCUUCGCCAGCUUGCGGCCGUCGGAGCCUUUCCUCACGCCUUACCUGUUGGGGCCGGACAAGAACCUCACCGAGACUCAGGUAUUCCGGGGGCGGCGGCGGCAUUUUUAGUCCGUAGCGUUUCGAGGAACAGAUUCGUCCGGGGGUCUCCUCGGAAGUAAGCCCCACCGAGCUCUGUUAGAGCUUUACUCCCAAGGGCUUUGUCCCUUCAGUGCUAGUAGCCCGGGGCUUUGUGUUUCCGCCUCGGCCGUCGGUCCUGCUAAGGAGAGAGGGCUCUCGAACAUGUGCAGAGGACCCUUCCCUAGCGCCGAAUUAUUGCGAGUAUGGGUGCCAGGUAGGCUGAAGCCCCCCCCCCCCGACCCCCCUUGGUUUGGAAAGCUAAAGCUUUUCGGGACUCGGUAUGGAUGAAUGGCUGGCUGCUGGAGCUAUAGGGGAAUCCAGAAUUACUGGCAGAAUUACGGGUAGAUUCAUAAGCGCGUGAUCCCCUUGGUGGAAGCGGGAGGGAAAGCGGAUGUCGCGGCGGGAAAGUUUGGCACUGUCCUGAGCAGCAGCAGGUGGAACUUCUGACUUCGACUUGCCAAACGGUUACUAAAAGUACGGGGACUUUUCUUGCGUCAUUAGCCUGCGAUGGGGUCCUGCUGUCACUGGUAUACUGCAUAGCAUGCAGAGGUUGACAGAUCAGGGUGGGCAUGUGGGGCUUACUUAUUUUUACUGGAAUCUUACAUCCCUGUGCAAAAGGCAUGCACUUAGAAUUAAAGAAUCCUGAGCCCACACAUUUAUUUUGCUUGCCGGAAAUCAAUAUAGCUCAUAAUCCUUAUUGAAGAAAAGUCCUUUCCUCAUGUAAACACCUCUCCUUCCUUAAUUUCAGAAGUACAGUAUAAUGGGAGUAUACAGUAUAAUCCUUUGUUAGACGACUUGGAAUCAUAGAAUUGUAGAGUUAGAAGGGAGCACCAAGAAUCAUCUAGGUCGAUUCCCUGCAAUGUAGGAAUCUUUUGCACAAAGUGGGGCUCAGGCUCACAACCCCUGAGAUUAAGAGUCUCACGCUCUACCAACUCAGCUAUCCCAGACUUGGAUUCAAAAAUCAUUGUUGAUCUACUGCAGAAUCAUAUAGAGCCAUACGCUUCAAAUUUUUCAGACCCAGAACCCACUUUUAACCCAAACAUGUAUUUGGAGAACCAUUUCAUAAUUUUUAACCAUAUAUUUGUAGCUCAGUUGGUAGAGCAUGAAACUCUUAAUCUCAAGCCCUACCUUGGGCAAAAGAUUCCUGCUUUGCAAGUGGGUUGGAAAAGAUGGCCCUUGUGGUCCCUUCCAACUCUACAAUUAUAUGAUUCUAUGAUUUGCAUGGUGGUAGUGCAAAUGAGUGAUAUAAUUCCUACCAGAAGAUCUUGGUCUAUCUCCUGCCCAUCCCUCUCCUAGAUCAAACUUGCGUCUACUGUAACUGUUACUUGGAAUUGCCAUCAUUCACUCAGUUAUUAUGGAGACUUCAGUUGCUGCCCGUUGCAUUUUAGUGUUUUCUCAUUCAGGCCUUGGCCUGCAGCAAUUCUUCCAAGCUGCAGCCCUAGGCCAUCUUGCAUGGACUAAGCAUUAUUGACCCUUGGUUGAGGGCUUGGGGAGCUUACCUUUGUUGCCCAUCAUCAUCAGCACAGGCUGGUUGACUCAAAGUUGUUGAGAGAAUCUUCAGUUGGUGUGCUGCUGGCCUUCAACCUCUUCCAAACCUGUGGUCGCUUUUGGCACCGGCUCCCUGCUUCAGUUUUCCAAGGGAUGUAUUGUCUGCGUUUUGGAGAGAGUGCACAUGCUUGACCUUCAUUUUCUUAAAAAUAAGUAAAUUCAUUUCUGUUUUUUGCAGAAGGAAAACUAAUAAAAACAAAGGUAAACAGGACAGGAAAAUAAUGCCAUUUGAAUUUAGGAAACUAAUCAUUAAAGGGCUGAACACCUUUAGUAGGGAGAAAAUCCGUCCAGGAAACAAUUAAAGGCCCAAUUUCAGUAAUGCGCCAUAAUGAACAGGUAGACCUUUGCUGAUUGAAGACUGCAUCAUUAACAUACUUUCCAAGGAGUAAUCCCAUUGAUCUGAAUAGGACUAAUUUUUGAGAAACCAUACUUUUAAAAUUUUGCCCUUGGAGACAGGUAUUGCAAGGAUGUAAUGCGUAGGACAGCUGUCACUUGGAUACUUGCUAAGCAGAAAUCAUGAAACAAGUUCCAUAGUUCUCCUACCUCUAUCAGUUUUUUAACUGGAUUUUUUUUUUACCUUUUAUAAAUAAUGACAAUGAAAUAAUGCAGACUGUCUCAACCUUUAGCAAUCUGUAAGUCCUUGCAAAUGAUUUUAUCCUGACUGUUGCAGAUGACAGCAAAAUUGACUGGAGAUUUUGUGAUAAGGUUCUGAAAUAUCCAGUCUUACAAGUUUUUAUCUCACUGCUGCUUUUUAUACAUCUUGAUAUCUCUUGCAACAGAUCUUUUGUGACUGUUGUUUCGAUUAGCUGUGUGUGACUCCGUAUUUUCAAUUCUGUUCUUCCAGGUUUGUGUGCUUGUUCUCCAUAGUGAAGAUUAAAAAACAACAACACAUAACUUUUUCGUGCAAAUGAGCUUGUAAACAUUACAGGGUCAUCUUCUAUUGCCUUGUCCAACUAACCCCACGCGCACUCUGUUUCAAUAUGUAUUUGGUACAUUUCAAGCUGGAAAUAUCAGCCUGUACUACUACUGCAGUGUCCAAGCCUGAGAUUAAUAAAGUGCCAUGCCAGCCAACCUUAGUAAGGCACUGCUUCUGAAACUUUGAUUUUGGACCACUCUUCUUAACCUGUUUUACCUUCUCUUCUCCCUCCCCCACUCUAGCCAGCACAAGUUUAUUUUUCUGCAGUGAACACAUAAAAAUAAUUCCUUGCAGCUGUGUGUAAAGGUCAGUGGGGUGGAGCCUGAAUACAGGGAUGGGGAGCCUCUGACUCUGUAGCUGAACUGCACCUCCUAUCAGCCAUGAAUAUUGCCCAUGCAGCCCGGGACUAGUGAGAGUUGGAGUCCAACAAGAAGUUCUGGAGUGCCAGAGGUUGCCCAUCCUUUCCUUAACAGAGCAGGAUAUCUCUGACUCGAUCCUAAAACCACAAAUAGGGAAACAAGAGGAAAAAAAUAGCUGUUCUUCCUGAGGUUGUUUCUUCUACAAUCACACUGGGGUGAUGGAGUGAGGUUGCAGUGUGGACCAGCGAGCAUACUCUUCUCAAUCUCCAUUUUCCCUCUCUAGAAAUGACUACCAAAUGCCAUCAGAUGCUCCAUGCUUUCCAAGGAACUCUGGCUGCAUGAUAGCCUCUCUAGAGAGAAUUUGCUUGGCAACUACCCCUUGCACAGUUUGAUGUUACGCAAAAGCUUGUAUUUGAAAGAGCUGUAAAUUAUACCUGUUAGAAUAUGAAUUUUCUGUUAACAGAUGUUCAUAUCUUUUUCUUCUUCAUUUAGGUCUUCAAUGAAAUUUAUCCAGUAUGGACUUACUCCUAUUUGGUGCUGCUCUUUCCUGUCUUCCUGGCAACAGACUAUCUCCGCUACAAGCCUGUCAUCCUUCUACAAGGACUAAGCCUUAUAGUGACAUGGUUUAUGCUGCUUUAUGCAGAAGGACUGCUGGCUAUUCAGUUCCUGGAGUUCUUCUAUGGACUGGUGACUGCUACAGAAAUUGCCUAUUAUUCCUACAUCUAUAGCGUUGUGGACCUAACGUUGUAUCAAAAAGUCACAAGCUACUGUCGGAGUGCUACACUUGUGGGUUUUACAGUGGGCUCUGUUUCUGGACAAAUCCUGGUGUCUGUAUUUGACUGGCCUCUGUUCAAUUUGAAUGUGAUCUCUCUCACUGCCGUGUCCGUUGCCUUCGCCAUGGCCUGGUUUCUGCCCAUGCCACAGAAAAGCCUUUUCUUUCACCAUCGCCAGUCAAGCACCCAGGUCAGUAAGGAAACGAAGGUUGUAGAUCCUGCCUUAAAGAGGGUUCCUGGGUGGGAAGAUGUUGAAUCGGAGAUCCCUUUAAAUAGAGAUGAUGAGCAUCCAGCAGUGCAACAGGUAAGCAAUAAUCCUGUUUUCCAGGGGAAUGGAAGGUACAGCUCUCUCAUUGCACAGAAAAUCUCUGUUGGGUUAAUUGACCAUUACAUUGUCUGUUGCUUGUGGCAUGUCAGGGCAGUUCAUUGGGUUUUCAGGUGUCUGAUCACUUUAAAUUCUGGGGAUGUGAUCUUCAGCAUGCCUCUGGCAGUGGAGUCCUCUUGCCUCCUGGAACAUGUACAAGUUCAGGCAAAUCAGAUAUGCCAGUUUUAUUAACUUCCAGUUUAUUAUUCUUGUUUAUGAGAUGCCUCGUUAAAUGAAUUUUCUAGUAUUCAAAGGGAGAAAAAUAUAGUAUUACAAUAAAAACCUAUAAUUGCGUAUAACAAGCCAGCAUAAAAGCCAAAUACAAAAAUCAAGCACAAUCAAAUACUGUACAGAGUGCAGAAACUGGAACCAUCAAAUGCUUAUGCUAAAACCGCUAACCAUUCCAUAGGAACUUAAAAACAAGAUCAUAAAAGGCCUGAGAGAAAAAAACAGAUUCUUUUGGGGAAUCUGUUGUUGCUGGGGAAGGCAGGCAGUAGCUCCAAGAACAGGUAUUCUUGUGUGUUUCUGAAGGUGGGCUACUACCCAUCUUAAGAAUAUGAUAUUUUUAAACUCUAGACAUUCUUUGCAAGUACAGAUGCUACCACAAGCUUCUUAGGAGAGCCUAUGGAGAAGUUUUGGGCAAUUGUCAGGGUAAACUAGGUCCAGAGAUAAGAACCAAUGAAGUGAAGACUGGGUCAGAAAAAGUGAGACACUUGUGUGGAGAUGCUUCUAAAGGAGUUUGCAGGACAUAGUAAAGCCUGAAUGAACACUUCAGCAGAAAGCAAACUUCUGCAACUGUGCAAACAAAUCUAGAAAUUACUUUUUAAAAAUCCUGUCCCUUGGCCAGAAAGGGUUCUGUGUUUUUGUUCUUGUUUUGUUUGCUAGGCUACAAUUGGUAAUUAAAGCUCUUAGCAUUCCAUGGAAUUAAAGUUUCCCAGUCAAGCUCUGCUUCCCUAGCAGAGGAUUAGCAUGAAGCUGAGAGAACCUGUAUGGAUAGAUGGCAGCACUUUCUUCAGUUCUAUGUAAAUUAGCACAACAGUGUAUUCUGGUAUAGGCUAAUACUGUUCCUCCUCCUCUCCUAUUCUCUCAUUCCUUCAUCUCUCCCCACCCCUGCCUUCUACUGACAUUUUGCAACUCAGGUGUUUUCGUAUUGUAUUCUUGUACAUAUUCUAUACAUUGAAAGUUGAAUGUAUUGUCAGUGCUGUGUCCACCAGCCUACUCAGUGCACUGAUGUUGAGGUGAUAGUUCUGAAUGGAGAAAAAGUCCAUUCUAAAAAGAGAUUCUUUAGUUAUAGGGAAUGGCAAAAAAGCCCCUUAUCUGCAGACUGUGUACACAAGCAAACUGCAAAUACAACUUGGUCUUGGCCUAAGCACAUAUAAUCUUAAACAUCCUGGUGGAACCCUACAGAUUAUAGAUUUCAGGCAGCAGGCUCUGUGGGAGAGGAGAGAAUACACAUGCAGAUCUUGCAUCAGUCUGCUAGGGUAUUGGCGGUCUGCAGUUUUUCCCCAUCUUUGAGUACAGAGCUCUAUAGUUGUUCCUCUUCAUCCUGUGCUGAGGUGUUUCCUUAGUUGAUGGAAACUGGAGGCAGUAUGUCUUCUUUGGCGCCACUGUGCUGCCCUCGGGUAGAGGCAUCUGAAGUCUUCUGCCUCAUGCUGGCUCCAAACUUGUGGUCAAAAAGGCAGAACCAAACACAGCUCUUCUCUCCUACCUGCCUCUUUCCCAGAUCAUUCAUUCAAGCUCAGGACUCCAUAUAGUCACAGACAGUGAGAGAAAAGGAAGUAGGAUUUGAGAUUUUUCUUUUCUGCACCCUAUAGACCAGGCCCUGGUGCCCUCUGGGUGCCUUGGACAUCUAUUCCCAUCAGUCCCGGUCAGCACAGCAUGAUUUUGGAGCAUUUGGAGGGCGUCAGGUUGGUGACUAGGUGUUGAUGUUGGCCAGUUUUUGCAGAAUUUGUACACUUGCUCCAGCAUAUGUUUUGUGUUCCACUUAAGGAAUCACAAACUAGACUGCCAUUAAUAGGCUUUUCACUCUCUAAAAACAGCUUGACUGCUCUUAAAAAUCUAAAACUUCAGUAAAACACAGGAGCUGAACUUAGGUGUGGGGCAGUAUUGGAAUUUCCCCCCUUUUCCGGUAAACUUGCUGUAAGCCGCCAUGAGUUUUACUGUUGGGAAAGUUAUCCUUUCUCUUUUGUUCACAAAUCACAUUUUGUUCACUUUGAAAAGUUACAUUCUCUCAGACCCGAUACGGGAUAAAUUACUACAGCAGCAGCAUACCACUUGCAACUCUUGCUGUAGGUCUUACUGUGCAGUCAUACUGCUUUGGGACAUUACUUUGCUAGCCAUUUCAUCAGUAAAGCUGGAGGAACUAUUAUUAUUUAUUAAAUUUGUAAACCACCUUUCAUCCGAAGAUCACAGGGCAGUUCACAACAUAAAAAUACAAAAUGAUACGUAACAAAUUAAAAAACAAACCAAUAACCUCCUCCCACAAACACAUUUUAAAAGCCAUAGAAUGUUAAUAAACAUUGCUUUGUCCCUGUGGAAAAAAAGAGUUAGCUAGAGUAACUAGCAGCAGUGUAUAGGCAUUCUCUCCAUCGAUUUUAAGUGUGCUAAGCUUGCUUGGCUCCCAUCAUGAGAAACAUAAUUCUCUUGUACCAUUGGAUGCGCCCUGGCUUGUUUCUUCAGUAAUAAGCAGAUGUGGUUAGGCAUUCUUUGAUUGUGGCUUUAAACCAGAUGUGGCCUAACCUGUAUCACUCCUGUUGUUGUUGGAUGGCCACUGGGCAGAGAUGAUGGGAAUUAUAGUUCGAUAACGUCCGGUGGGUUACAGGUUCCCUAAGGGAUUGGGCUACUAGCUGUCCGCUGUCGGAUAUUGACUAAAGAUGGUGGGUUCUGAGUCCUCUCUACAAUCUCUUUUUUAAGAUUAUGUGGCAUAUCCAUUGCCUGUGUAUUUUUGGCACAUUUUGCCGAGUAUUUCAAAUUAAUAAUAAUAAUAAUAAUAAUACCUUUAUCAUCAUUGUACAACCUGUGUACAGUGAAAUUAAAUGAGCCUCCCUCCCUCCUCAACACUCUAUUCAGUAAUCAUGGCAGCUGAUUCUGAUUAGUUUACAGCCAUACCUCAGUUGGAUGUACGUUGAAAAAGUAUGUGGUUUUAAAUAUUAGGGCUGAGCGGAGUGCUUACUUGUUUCAGUUGUGGGAGGGAAAGUCGCUCAUCUUGUUCAUUGCCUGUUUAGUCUCUGAAAAGCUGCUUCUCCAAUGCUUUUAAAAAAUUGUUCUGGGAAUAUACUGGGUGAUACUAAACUAAGUUUUACUUGGAGUAAUGAACAUGACUAAGUUAGGUCAGUGAAUAUAAAUAGGUGUACUCUGAGUAAAACUUGGUUGAAAAAGACCCACUGAAUAUGCAUAUGAACUAGUACAGCCAAUUGACAGCAAGGAGUAGUGCUUUCUACGCUACCAUUGUCCUCGCUCUGUAUGCACAAGGUGAAAUACUAUGCUGCUGCCUGCAGUGGAGGGGGGCAAACUCCAUGAGGGCUACUUGAGAAGCCCUUGUGGCAUCUCCCACAGUGUCUGUCUCUGUGUGUGUGAAUGAAUCCUUUCUGGGUCCUCCCCCUCCUGUCAUGUGAUGCAGCUUUGCAUCGACUUCUCCAUUCGAAAGAAGCUGGUGCAAAGCCCUGCCCCAUCUCUGGGCUGGUGUGUGUGUGUGUACGUAUGUGUGGAGGGGGGGAUCCCCCUUCCACACAUGGCAGCCAAGCUGGGUGGUGGAACACCUCCUCGCUCAGCAGCUCAGCAGCAGGGGAGGAUUUCGAAGAACUUUGCUGCCGGUCCCUCUGCCCCUAGAGGCUGGGGAGACCAGUGGCAAAGCUGGGCAGUGGAAAGGGUGUGUUGCCCCUUGGGGGCAGCUUCCUCACCCUGCCUCAUGGUCUGGCUGGCUGUUCUUGUACCCUCCCCCUAAAUUGCUUGAAGGGUAUCUGUACAGUUUUUGCUGGAGGUGAAAACUUAGCAUCCUGCACCUUUUAGUUCAGCUGUAAUAAUUCCCCAUAGCUGAAUAUACAAAGAGUAUUAUAAUUCUUAUCUUGAUCGUAGUCAUAGCAAUCCCGUGGGGACUGUGGCUGUUUUUAUCGGAAAGGAACUAAGGCAGAGAGCAAAUGCGUCACCUACUACAGCACCUUGGUCAUGGGCAGUUGGGAUCAAGCAUAUAAAUAUUCGUCUCCCUUGUUAAAAACAACUGGCAUGCUAUGAACCUUUGGCUGUUUGACCUCAGCCAUAGUGUAAAUGUUUGCCCGCACAGAGUAUAGGCAAGGAGUCCAUGUGUUACAGCCGACUGUAGGGUGUUUGGGAGUCGCGGUGUGCAGGGCUGAGCAAGCGUUGCAAGCCCUGGGCCUUGAAAGUUCUGGGCACAGGGGUUUGCCAAGUGGCUUUUGUAGAAUUCUCCAUGUGUCCAACCAUUGCUGCCCCAUUAUUUAAAUGGGGCAGCAAAAAGUAGUAGAAAGACCUACUUUCUACUACUUGUUGAAUGUUGAGAAUAUAGGAUAUGGCUAGCAGGAACUAGCGCCGUCCAUCUUCACCCCAGAAUUGCAUAUUUCUUUGACUAAUUCUCCAUUCCAAGCCACUGUCCUGCCGUCCCAUUGUUUUGUCCAUAUAUGGAGUGGACUGUUUUCUAAACAGGAAUAUUAUAUUUGUUUAAUACUGUAUGUAGCAAUGUAAUAACAGUUGAAGAUUUUGGGCGGCCAGUUCAUAUGAUGUCUCUGUGCACCACACAACCUUUUCACCUCUCUAUCCAGAUUCCAUCAUGCAGUUUUUUUCCUAGCAUAAACUGGCUAUUUUUGUACACAGUUAUUCAGAGAUCAAAAAGAAUUGUGGUGGCAUGUAUAAUCAGGCAGGGCCCAAUCAAGGAUGAGAAAAGGACCAUAGAAUCAUAGAAUUGUAGAGUUGGAAGGGAUCCCUAGGGUUAUCUAGUCCAACCCCAUGAAUGUAUCUGAACUAGCGGUCUUCAGUUUCACUGUCAUGGAUUCAUUUUUUUGUUGGAAAAGAUAGCCAGGGACACUGCUCUCUGGUGGUGCUUCUUCUUGAAUAGGAGACAGUUUUAUAUCUUUAGCUCAAUUUAGAUCUGUAUUCUUUCUGUUGUGCUGUUGUACAUGCAAGUAACUGACAGAAAGAUUAGCUGAAUUUUGUGUGUGUUUUAAAUCUAUGCAGGAGGAGAGAGUGGACAUUGUGAAAGUAAUCAAAGAGCUCUGGCAGGACUUCCUUCUGUGCUACUCGUCCCGGCCUCUGCUGUGUUGGUCUGUUUGGUGGGCGCUCUCAACAUGUGGUUACUUCCAAGUCAUAAACUAUGCUCAAGGUCUAUGGGAAAAAGUGCUGCCUUCUCAGACCUCUCCAAUCUAUAACGGUGGUGUAGAGGCUGUUUCCACACUGUUGGGUAAGUUCCCUCUGUAACUAUUUUUUUUAAAGAGGUAAGAUCCAUGCUAUGGGACUAUGUUAAACACUAGACCUAAAGGACUAAACAUACCUUACCUACAGGGUAUGUGUGUUGUGCAGCUGCCAAAACUGGUGCUUUCCUCUUUCGAGCAAGAGACCCUUUCCCGUAAACGGCACUCCCUUAAAUUACUGUUGAGUGAGUUUCAUACGAUGUGUGCAUGUGAUGACUCACUUGCUUUUGCUAGCAAUUUAGUGUUUUGAAAUUCUGUCUGGAGAUGAUAGUGUUUAUAGCAACCUCCUGAGGAGCUUUACCCAAGCAAAGUAUGCCCAGGUUUGGUACAUGAAUAUGACCAAUGCAACACCAGUUGGAGCAAUAGGCUGAUGCUUACACAGGCUUUUGUGCACGACCACAAUUGAGUAAUGAUUGUAACUGCUAGUACUGGGCAACAUUUCUACAUUAACCUCCCACCUGUUUUCUCUCUGCCAUCAAAAUUCUCAAGCCUGCUUGCACCAUAUAGCUGUAGCAGCCCUGAAAUGGGGAUGGUUAAACUUUUUUGGGCUGAGGGCCACAAUGACCUGUGACCAGGGAGUCACAUAUCAAAGUGGGUGUGGCCAAUUUUACUUCUAUUUAGAAGACAAUUUGGGGUGGGUGGGUGUUUGGCAGGGGGAUGUCUCCCCCCAAUUUAUUAUUAUAUAUACCGGUAUGUAAAAUGACAUAUUUCAGGGGUGGGUCUUUUGGGUGACCACAAAAACUGGGGAGGGGGGGAGUGGUGGAUGUGGGCCACAGAUUAGGCAACUCUGCCCUAAAGGCUAGCUAAAUACAAAUUAAUUUGUUUUUUGCACUUACAGGAGCUGUGGCUGUGUUUGUUGUGGGCUACAUAAAAACAUCUUGGGCUACCUGGGGUGAGAUAGCCUUAGCCAUGUUUUCCCUCUGCAUUGCUGCCGCCGUGUAUAUCAUGGACAGUGUUCAUAACAUCUGGGUCUGUUAUGCUUCGUACAUAGUAUUCCGAAUUGUUUAUAUGCUGCUCAUCACAAUUGCAACGUAAGUAGAUCUUUGCAAACUGACAGUUUAUAAUUAAUCAUCCAUGUUUCAGUAAACUCAGCACAGAGCUGUAUUGCAUUGUAAGCAUUGAAUUGAUGUUCUGCAUUUAAGAAUGUCAAACAAGCAAAGGCAAUCAACAUGCAUCUAGAUUCUUGAAUUUUAGAAUGCAGUGCCUUGUUCAAUUAUGUCUGCUGGAGCAGAAGUCAAUCAGGUCAAUUCAGUCUGAAAUCAGAAAAUUGUAAUAUAAGCAAAGAACAGCAGGUACUUUUAUUCAAUCUGGGCUGUUUACAUUCUGUGGCCUAAUUUAAACAUGAGCUCUGUCGGUGGAGCAUGAGACUCUUAAUCUCAGGUCCAUGGGUUGGGCAAAAGAUUCCUGCAUUGCAGGGGGUUGGAUUAGAUGAUGCUCGCGGUCCCUUUCAACUCUUUUGAUUCUAUGGUUAUGUAAGAAAAAGUGCCUGACAUUUUGUUUUGAAUUGAGUUAUUAAUGUUGCAUGUAGCAGAUGAGGGUUCCGUUUUCAAUGUAAAGUCGGGUUUGCAUACCUGGUGUCACUUUGAAACUAGGCCUGAGGUUUCCAGUCUGUCUUAUGCAACCAUUUGUCUUUUUAUUUUUCUGGCAGUGCACAUCUAAUUGCUGCCAUGCCUAAUGACUGCGACUUUGGGCAUGCAGCCAGUAAGACACUGGCAACCAGAAAUGUCAGAAUUAAAAAUAGAUUCUCCAUAUUAUGAUAUCCUCGUAUGUUGGGUUUCUUCCAAGCUUAUUUGUUUGGGUAAAGGUGAAAGCUAGGAAGAGCAAUAAGUGCUUUGUAAAUAGUGCAUUCACAUGCAUCAGCUAUGUUGUGGGUUUGCAUAAUUCAAUUUGCAGUGUAAUGCAAUAGUUCAGGAAAGCACACAAACUAAGACAGAUUGUCCUAGUUACUGCAAGUACAGUAGCUGAAUACUGAGCAAUGGGCAGUAGUUAUAGACAGUACAUAAGUAAGAGUAGCAAGGACACAGGUAUCAAUAGCUUUCAUCUUUUAAUUGUCGUGGAAGGGAAACUGCAUUAUCAAGAGACUCCCAUGUGUUCACAUGUGGGAACAAAGAAAACUGUCUUCUACUGAGCUGGAUCAGCUAUCUUGGUAAUUUCAACACAAGUUCUUGCUGGAUUCCAAUUCCAGUCAAUUCCAACCAGCAUGGCCAAUGGUCCGGGAUUACGAGAGUUGUAAACCAGCAACUUCUGAAGGGCCACAGACUCCCCACCAGUGAUACUGGCACCAGCUUUGCAGGGUUUCAGACAGAACUUUCCCAGCCCUUCCAGGAGGGAUUGAAGCUGGGAUUUUUUGCUUGGGAAACAUGUGUUCUACCAUUGAGCUACAGUCCUUCCCAACUGAUGUUCAUUAUUGUUUUGGAACAGUGCUUUUUGCUUACAAAACUGGAGUUGGGUGGGAGUUAUUGCAUCCAAAAGCUUAAAACCACAUCUGGAUGACCACCCAUUUCUCCCAAAGCCUUCAGAGAAGGCUGUUGUACAACUUGCCCUGAAAAACUGUGCCAGUGAGCAAAUGCAGAUAAGAAGAACACCCUGAUUUUUGGCAGAAGUUAAUCCUAUGUGUGCUUUCAGAAAAGUAAGCCCCAUUGAAUGAUUGGAGUUACUUCAUAAUAAAUGUGCAUCAGAUUGGGCUGAUCUGAUGCUUUGCAGCUUCAACCUAGUUUUGCUUGGCCCUCUACCAGCUUCACUGGGAAGCAGCGAUUCUUACCUGGCAAAAAUGACGGACUGAUUUCCCACCCAUUGAGUCUUCUCAGUUGUAGUCAGAAUUAACUAGUCACCUCUCCAUUGUGCAUCUUGGCUCCUCCCUUCUGCCCACUGUUUACAAAUCCUAUGCAAUUUAUCAGUCAUUUUAUCAUUAGAGCUCCUGGCAGUUAAUAUUUCAGCACCUCGUCUAUCCUCCUCAGCACUGAAUUAGGUCACUGUUCCCAUUUUACAAAUGGGCAUGUCAGCCUCCAUUUCCUCCAUUGAACAAGCUGGGAUAGUAUAACCAGCUCAACUGCUUUGAUUUUCCCUUUGAUAUACUCAGCUGGGAAAUGACAUCCAUGUGUGUGUGUUUUGGUUUGUGGGUUGAAGCAGUAAGAUCACUGCAUAUGCAAAUAUUUAAGGGCAAAAUUACACAUGAUUGUGGCACUUCAUUGUGUUCUUAAAUUUGGAGCUGCCACUAAUCAUGUAGAGCAGGGGUGGGGAACCUUAGGCUCAAGGACCAAAUGGGAUUUUCCCAUUCUCUCUGUUUGACUCUUGGGACUCUCCCCAGGCCAGGCCCAUUCCCAUAGCCCACACUUUCUGUAAGUAAUUUUACCUGACUUUAAUGUGUCCUUGGAUUGUGGUAGUGCCUCGUUCUUACCUGGAAGAAUGAUGGAGGGAUGUGCAAGAACUUCUUGGCUUUUGUAUGGCUGGAAUGCAUCCUGCAGUUAGUAGAAUUGUACAUGCAGGUUAUCUGAAAUCUCAGUUAUCUGAACACAAACCUUGCUACAUGAACAGCUGAUUCAGAUAGCUGAACAGCUUGAGUUUGCCCACUUCCUUACCUGUUUGUGAAGGGAAGGAAGAGGUUUGGACAAAUCAGGAGCAAGAGAGAUUUCCUGGGAAUGCAUUGAGUUCAGAAAACAGGACCUGCAUGUAGCCAUUGAUUGGCUCAUUUUGCAUGUGCACACUCCUCCCCUUUAUGUGGUCUCCAAAAGGUUGCUGACAAGGAAUGCAGCCUUAGGACUGAAAAAAAGCUUUCCCUCCCGAUGUAGAAAGAGGCAAAAUAUACAGUUUUUUAAAAGCAAAAGAGGUGCCUGGGGAUGAGUAUAACUUCUCCCCUGCAUGUAGGUUACUUUUCCAUAGGCAAGUAUCUUGCCAAGUAUCUUUUUCUCUGCGGGGGCUUUGAUGGCAAGAGUCACCCCAGCUGAGAUUAAAUGUUAUUGGGAUGAAAGCAAGCCAUGGGAUGGAGGAUGAGCCUGUUUCCUUGGUCCCAUAUAUAUAACUCAUUUGCUUUUAAAAUAUCUGAUCAGGAUAUUUCCAUGGGCAGGUGCAUCUAAUCCCAGGGUAACCAACUUGGUGCCCUCCGAAAGUUGGACCCCAGCCGGCAUAACCACUGAUGAAGGAUGGUAAGAGUUGCUGGCUGGGAUCCAAUGUCUGAAGGGCAGCACACUGGCUGCCCUGAUCCUGUAUGAUCCCAACUCUUUUGAUUAUUAACUUGUGUGGAUCUCUUCUGUUUGCCUAAAAAGAGGCUUUUGUUUUCAGUACUCAUGCUCUCUAUUUCUUCUUUUUCUGUGAAGUUUCCAGAUUGCAACAAAUCUAAGUGUAGAGCGCUAUGCUCUUGUUUUUGGCGUCAAUACAUUCAUUGCCCUGGCAUUGCAGACUCUGCUCACAUUGAUUGUUGUUGAUGCAAAAGGGCUUGGCCUGGACAUAUUCACACAGGUAAGGCUCAUUUUGACUGGGUGGGGGGAAAGAGGGUAUACAGCCUUCCUAGUAAAGCCUUUUGUCUGCCUCAGGGCAUGAGAGGUCAUUCUGGUUGCAACAAUUUUUCAUUGGGGGGGUGGGUAGGGCCUUGUCCUAUGCUUCCUGGGGGGAGGAGGGUUCCUUCAUUUUCUAAUACAUGUUGGGAAUGCUUAUCUGUCUUAAUGAGUUGCCGGGAGAUAAAACCAUUGCACAUGUUUUGCUUGAAAUGGAAGCUUCUCUCAGGCUUGGCUUGAAGACUGCUUCCUAUUUAGAUAUACCUAAUAAAUGCAUUGACAAAAAUGGGUGGUGAGUGUAAAAUCGAGCACAAAAUGUGAUUCUUACUCAGUAUAAUAAAAUGAUGGCUCAGACAGCCUGCCAUCUUAGUGCCUGAGACAUAAAAUCCAAAUAGUGACUGCCAACCUCCCAUUGUGCUGAAGAUAGCACUAUUUAUUGGCUGUUUACUGCCCUAUGAUGUGCAACAUUACCUUACCAGGCGUCUUACCCUUCCUAAUGGUAGGACUGGCCCUGAUUUAGGUUAACAAACUUUGCUUCUCAGUUCACCACUCUCUUCUCUUUUUGUUCCCUGCAGUUCAUGAUCUAUGCCGGCUACUUUGCGGCCAUAGCAGUAGUGUUCUUCAUCAGUGGGACAUGCAGUAUUAUCAGGAAAUCCUGGAAGAAGGAGAGGAGAAAUGAAGCAACAACAGAUGGUGCUUAAAAUGAAGAAUAUGGACUUGUUAAGCCCCUGUGUUAGGGAAGGGGGAUCUAUUUAAAUAUGCUGGUUCCUAUUUAUUAAUGUAUCCAAAUGCUGUUAAUUCAAGACUGUUACCUAAAUUGUCCUUGAUACAUGUUUGUACUAUAUUAGUAGCAUAAAUUAGGAACAGAUUUAUUUACUUAUAUUUUACGUAAGUAAGAAUUUUAUAUGCAACACAUUGGUCUUGGAUAAUGCCUUUUAGGUUAAAGCUGCAUAACUAGAGAUGGUCAGAAGCAUCCUUGAGAUUUACUGAUUGCUUCCUGAAACAGGCAAGCCCAUAAAUCAGCCAUUGAAGUGAAGGUGUUGUUGAAACUAGCCCAGUUCAUGCUGUUACGGGGGUCUUGGUAGGCUGGGUUUUGCAGGUAUAGAAGAAAUAUUAAGGCAGUGAGGUAUACCAAAAGUAGUCUUAAGUCAAGUUGGACAUAGCAGAAGAAGAACUCUCCCAAGGCUGGUAGAUGCAAACUCAUGAAUAUUGAAUAGACUUAUCAUAUACAUGUGCAAACACAUAUCUCAAUGUAGUAGGUCAUGUCUUGUCUGCCUUUUGAUAUUUCUAAAGGCUCAGCUUCCUUUGAUUACCCUUGCUCAGCAAGGUUAAAUAGAUGGAUUAUCCUCCUGACCUCAUGUCAGUUAUACAUCUUCAUCAUAAAUAAUAUAGGGCACAGAGAGCACGUGAUGAAAAUUUGGCUUGGUUUGGCAUCCUUAAAACCUCAGUUACCCCUCAAUUCCCUGUAAGCUUUCUUCAACUCCACAGUAGAAUUUCAUGACACCUGGGAGAAUGAACUCUCACAACAGUAAUGUUAUUUUGCUUAACUCAUUCAAAUAAUUGAAACCUCCUUGAUUAGCAUUUUCCUCUAUUGCUAAUAUGUUUUCCACUGGUGACCAAAUGCGUUUGACUGGAUGAAAUCUCUUCCUCAAGAAUUUAGAAUCUCUGAUUCUAUUCCUCCAUUGUAGGAUGGAUGUGGAAUGGGAUUACACUGCAAGAGUGUUUACAUGGUUUGUGUUUGUAAACACUAUGGGGAAGAGGGAUGCUGCUAAAUUACAUGUUCUAUUUCCUCUUCCCUUCCACGUCCACUUACUUUGGCCACAGUUACUUCCUGUGGCUUGCAAAAUAAUUGCAAAUGAGAGGGUUGAAUGAAUCAGUAACAAGGAGCAUUUGCCUCAGGAUUGCAGAGUUGUUUCCUGGCAAGCUGCUAAGGAUGUUAGACCAGCCCAUAUAAUGAAGCUGUUGUCAGUGGUACAUACUUUAACAUGAAAAUCACUUCUAUGUAACUUAAAAGCCACAAGUAGGUUUUACACCUGAAGACUGCACAUUUUCUUUAGCUGUGUAUACAGACUUUGGGAGCCCACUGCUAGUUGUGUUUCCUAAUUCAUGUAAAUCAAGCAGACAUGUGGUGUGGUUGUUGUAUGCUCAAGAUAGAAGUGCUCUGCAAGUAGGAAAACCAGUGUGUGAAGUAGGAGUCCUGUCCAUUGUAAGUACCCAGUACUUGUUCAUCUGGUGCUCUCUUUGCCACAUUAAAAUCCAAAUGAGGAAAAUGGAAAUAAAGGAUGGAUAUUACUCCUGAAUUUACAGUACUGAGCCUGGCUAUCAUAUGAGAUUUAGCUUUUAUAUAAUAUGUGAAGCAUACCAUUUCCCCUAAUGUUCAGAGAGCUUUAACUUGGACUUUAAUUUUAAAUAUGUUUUUCAUUGGAGGCAAUGGAUUGAAGGUUCAAGAACUAACUCAUCAAAAAAAGCCAAAUAUAUUUGCAGUUGCUUUUGUGGUGAGAUCCAACUGCAGGUCUGGCUUCUAAACCAAUUUCUAGGUACAAACUGACAGGACUAAUAUUUCUUAGUAACAAGGCCAUCCAUCCAUCCUAAGGUAAUUUUAACAGUUUACUCAAGUUGAUGAGGAAAUAGCCAUGUGAAUCCUAGAUUCCUUUAAACACACACUUGAAAAACAUUGUUAACAGGAACAGGUGAGAAUCCGCACCCAUUCAGAAGCUUGGGAGAGAAGUGUUGGGUAACCAAAAGAGGAAGCUGGACCUAUAAUCAAGCAGCAAAUUCUUAUUGCCUCUGGACCAAGAUGUGACAUUCAUUUCAUGAAUGUAAUUUACAUGCAUUAAUAUAUAUAUAUAUAAAUAAGCACUGAGGUUAGGCCUGAGCAGCUUUGGGACUGGGGGUCUGUGAAGAGGAGUUUUAACUCUUCCUCCUAUUGCUGGGUUCCUAAUAAAAAUUACUUUUAUUUGCAUUUCAAGGGAAACCUCCCUUGGUGUCAAGGGGAACUUCUGUGGUAUGCAAACAGCAUCUUCUGAGAGGUGUUUUUUGUUGUGACACUUACAGGGAGAGAGUUAAACUCUAGGCUUCCCUUCAGCUGCUACUUGCACUGCAAAUGUGAAUGUUAAAGGAAUGCGCACAACUCUAGAUUAGCCUUCUGUGUUCCUCCUGGGAGGAACUGAAAUAACUAGAAGACCUCAUCUCUGGAUAAAUCCUGUUAAUAUAAUGUAGAUGACCAAGAUGUCUUCCUUGCCUAAGAGUUGCCUUGUAGUAAUUUGCAUAACUGGUUAUGCAGCACUAAUCCAGUCUGAUGAAUGUAAGCUUGGAGAUAGCUCCAGGUUCUCUUGCAUUGUUGUAAUGGUAUUGGAAUAGGAAAACACUACUCUAGCCAAGUAGCAAACCUAUUUUUUAAAUCAAAUAAAAUUAUUUUAUGAUAUUCUUUAAAGUUUGCUUGUUAUUAAUAGUGCAAUGUUAUAAUUACAUUAAAUGAUCUU